CCACCAAAGUCUUGCUACAUUCCUGGUCAGCGAAGUAGGCGCUACGGGCGACGCGACUCCACGUCCAUUUUGGAUUCCGACGCCGUUGCACACUCGUUUCCCAGUCUCGUCGAAACUACGCCUUCACCACGAAUUCCUCAACGAAUUGGUUGAUCAUCGUCGACUCUCCAGAUCGCGGAGAAUCAACCCCAACCGACGGAAUACACACAGUGGACCUGAACAUGGCAGAGUUACAAAGUGUACAAGUGACUCAGGAUAUGACUGUCCAGUUGGAGUUGGGUGGAAAUCCCAAUGCCCUUGCACUGCGUAGGCCAUUUGAUCCAGCAGCUCAUGACCUGGACGCAACCUUCCGCUUAACGCGGUUCGCCGACCUAAAAGGAUGAGGGUGCAAGGUCCCUCAGGAGAUUCUUGGUAAACUUCUUGAGGGACUGCAGGCCGACGAUGGUAACGCCCAGGAUCAUGAGCAUGCUCAUUUCAUGCAUAUGGCUACGCCGCGCAUAGGUAUUGGCAUGGAUUCCUCUGUAACCCCACUAAGACAUGGUGGCCUUAGCCUGGUACAAACCACAGAUUUCUUCUACCCACUCGUCGACGAUCCUUACAUGAUGGGUAAGAUCGCAUGUGCCAAUGUAUUGAGUGAUCUGUAUGCGAUGGGAGUGACCGAGUGCGAUAAUAUGUUGAUGCUACUGGGAGUUAGCACAAAGAUGACGGAAAAAGAACGAGAUGUUGUGGUUCCAUUGAUAAUGAGAGGCUUCAAAGAUUCCGCGUUGGAAGCUGGUACAACAGUCACAGGCGGUCAAACUGUCGUUAACCCCUGGUGUACUAUCGGCGGUGUCGCUACCACAGUUUGUCAGCCAAAUGAAUAUAUCGUUCCCGACAACGCAGUAGUUGGUGAUGUGUUGGUAUUGACGAAGCCUCUGGGUACGCAAGUAGCCGUCAACGCCCAUCAGUGGUUGGAUCAACCUGAUCGUUGGAAUCGCAUCAAACUUGUUGUUAGUGAAGAUGACGUACGUAAAGCUUACCAACGUGCCAUGGAUAGUAUGGCCAGACUCAACAGAAUAGCUGCCCGAUUAAUGCACAAGUACAAUGCACAUGGCGCGACAGACGUCACGGGCUUCGGUCUUCUCGGUCAUGCACAGAAUCUCGCCAAACAUCAAAAAAACGACGUGUCUUUUGUCAUUCACAACUUGCCAGUUAUCGCAAAGAUGGCUGCUGUAGCCAAGGCAUGCGGUAACAUGUUCCAAUUGUUGCAAGGACACUCAGCAGAGACAAGCGGUGGAUUGUUGAUUUGUCUACCUCGAGAACAGGCUGCAGCGUAUUGUAAAGACAUCGAGAAACAGGAAGGCUACCAAGCUUGGAUUAUUGGAAUAGUUGAGAAGGGCAGUCGUACUGCGCGUAUCAUUGACAAGCCACGAGUGAUUGAAGUGCCAGCAAAAGAAAAGGAUGGCGAGCUUUGGUAAUUCCAAGUCAUUAGAUGGAAGGACAGAUAUUAUUUACCAUUCCCACUUUAAAAGACUUUGAUGUUUACGUGUAUUACCUUUUUGGAUACUUAUGGUUGCAGUUAUGUUUAAUCGUUUUCAACAAUUGGUUCGGAGAAGGAAAAAAAGUGCGGUCCAUUACUAUGCUCUAUAAAAUAUUUGUUAUCCUAUAUAUUUCUGAGACCACAUAAGUUCUGUUUUGUUAUCCGAUUAAUCGUAUACGUAGCUCAUAAGAUGGCAGGCACUUUUCCUUUAUUGUGAACAAUCGGUUUUUCUCUCAUAAAAUCAACUUUAUAAACUAAGAUGACAAAUUUUAAACUAUAGAAAGAAAGAAAGUGAUGCGUUGGUUAUUCCUAGGUCUUCCUGUACUUUACGAAAAGUUUUGUAUCUUAAAGCAUGUGUGUUUUAUAAAUUGAAAAAAUACAUCAGAAUUAUAUAGUAUUAAGAACGACGAAAAUAUAUAACAAUAAGUAUUUUUGUAAUGCAAGAUUUGUCAUUUGUAGAUGUGAAGACAGGUGGGCCUAGAUCCUGACGUAAUAAUUUUUCGCGUAGAUAAAUAAAACUACUUUGUUAAUGAUUAAUCCUCAAAGAAUUGCAGAUUUGCGUCAGUCUUAAGAUUCAAAAUUGUUGUUAUUUGAAAUUCUCACUGUAUCUAACAAACAGGAAUACUUUACCCUUCUCUUUUUCUUGAUGUAUAUUAAGCAUACAGGAACUAAACGAUUGUUAAAUUUGUCGUGAUAUCGAGUUGGUGCCAAAAAUCAUCAAAUGUAGCUUCUAUUGGCUUUUCAAGACUGCGUUGCCGACUCGUAAAAAAAUUAAUUCUAUCGAUAUAUAUAUAUAUAUAUAUAUCAGACAAUUCACUCGUGAAAAAUGAAAGCUAUGUUUAAAUAAAACAUUUUCAAAGACAAUAAAUUACUUGUUUUCAAUCGCUAAAAG